GUUAGCUUUGGCGACAGUAGCUUUUACUCGUGUGUUGACACUCCGCCUGUCUGUCAGUCAGUCAGUCAGUCUGCCGGUGGAGGCGAAGCGAGAGAGAAGCGAACUUCAACCUGAGGGGAGCUCGACUCAACCACCGACACCACCAUGGGCUCUUCGUCCAGUCUUCUGGAUGAAAACAAAUCCAACUUAAUAAAAGGACGAGCACAAGCAGAGCUGAAGAACUUUGCCCCCUUCUACAAGAAGCAGUACAACCUGGCCUUCUUGUCCCAUGUUCAUGAAGAGCUGGUCCAACGCAAAGAGCAGCACACUCAACUUCUCAAACAGAGGGAGCCACCAGAAACAGCAGAAGUGUUCUAUGAAGACCAUGUGCUAUACUUCGAUGACAAUAGGAAAUGGAAGGACAGGUAUGCAGUGGUUCGAGCCAAUUACUCCCUGGAGUGCCAUGAGAGCUAUGAGUCAUAUGUGAAGGGGAGACCGCCGCUAUACAAGCUGCUGCCUACUGGAGGCACCGUCUUGAUCGCAGAGGGGAAAUACAUGGAAAUGGUGGACAUGUGCUUCCCUGACGCUAACAAUGUGAAGGAAGACUUUGCUCCCCCUAUUGAGGACAUGCCAGGAGAUUACCCUGUCUACCUGCGACUGCCGUACCGUAGAGAUUACUACUUCUGCUUCCCCCAGGAAGAGCAGCAAGUCGAGUUCAUCUCUGCUUUAUCUGACUGCAUUCGCCACCAGAACCAAGACUUUCUGAAGAAGAAGACGUGUGAAGUGCAGGCCUUCAUGAAAGCCAUUCAGCUCUACAGGCAGGAGAAGGGCCACUAUGAAACAUGGGAUAUGCUGAUUGGCAGUGAUGUGAGGGUGCUGGCAAAUCUCAUAAUGGAGGACUUGCUGCCAUCUCUAGAAAAAGAUUUGCUGCCCCGUCUGAAGGCCAAGAAGACAGAGAAGAGGAGAACAUGGUUUGCUACGGUGGAGGCAGCUUAUUACCUGGUGCAGGAGACCCUGAUGGUUGGCAUGACUGCUCUGAAGGAUGAGUGCAAAGAGAAAGCCAAGAAGCAGAGUGCACUCAUGCGCUCAGAUAUGGACCAGAUCAUGAGCUCCCGAGCGUUCCUGGAGAGCAAGCUCAGAGCCACAGUAGCCGAACCAGCCACCAAAUACUGCAUGGAGCACGUGGAGCCAUACCUGUCGGCCGUCCUCGAGGAGCUGAUGGGGCCCAUCAGCCUGGGCUUUAAGGAUGCACGGGAGCUGAGCGAGGCCAUGAUGGACCAGCUGUAUCAGGACUACCAGGACGGCAUGACCAAAGACGAGGUCCAGCUGGCUUUGGUGGAGAUGAGAAAACCAAACCUACAUACCUGUUAUGAGAAAGUGAGCAGACUGAAAGAACAUAUCCGAGAGUUACAGCAAAGUUUCAGUUACUCCACCAGCAAAGGACUGGAGCACAGCACACAGAUUGAUAUACAACAGCUGGUGGAGAACGUAGCGUUCACUUUUGAGCUCCUCCUGUGCAAAGCCGAGCAGGAAAACAAAGACCUGGGAGACGCAAUGGUGAAAGCCAAACACCGGGUUCUAAAGCAAUAUGACUAUGACAGCAGUACAGUGAGAAAAAGGAUCUUCCAGGAAGCUCUGAUCAACAUCACUUUGCCCAGCAUCAAAGCCCAUCUAGCUCCUACCUUCAAAAAGGAACUACCAACAUUUGAGCAGUACAUAUUUGCUGAUUAUGUAUCCUUCAUCAACGUGGAGAACAUCUAUGAGGACAUCCUGCAGCAGAUACUUGAAAAAGAAGUAAGCAAAGUGGUGAAGGAGGCGGCUAGUAUGAAGAAAUACAACCUGUUCAUGGAGUCCAGGUACAAUUUCAGCGUUUCCAGCCUGCACUCCACUCCCCCGGGUUCAUUACCUGGCAGUCCGGGCCACACCAACAACUCCCCAGCUCAGCGCCAUGCCAAGCCUGCCUCGCCUCUGCUGGACCACAGCUAUGGUGGAGUACCAGCCAGUGAGAAGCAGGAGGCUAAAACUGUAGAGCCUGAGGUGGCUGUAGCCCAGCGGGUGGAGGUUCAGGCUUGCCCUACACAAGUGCAAACUGAGCUUUUGGAAGCACCUACAGGGCUGCAAACUGGUGGAGGACACAAAUCAGAAGAGAAAGCAGUGGUAGAGGUAAAGAUGCCUCUUAGUACUGGAACUGAGACACAUAUAGUGCACCGAACAGUCGUGGAGGAGGCAGCUGAAGCCACGUCUGCUGCCAAUGAGAGUUUGAAUGAGGGAGAAAACGCUGAAGUAGAGCCUGUUACGGUAACUUCCCUCUCCACAGAGACAUCGGUGGACCCACCUAGCCUGAUUAAUGUAGAAUCCAUAACUGCAGCUCCCCAAACAUUGGCUGAACCUGUUCCAGAGGCAGUGGAACCAGUAGCCAACGGGACAGUCAACUCUAGUUCUGCAGAGAAAGACACAAGGCCUCUGGAUCAAGUGACGCAGCAUAAUGACACUUUAACAGGCUUCACACAUGUCAUAGAAACUGGCACUAGCAUUAGCUCAGACAAGCCUGGCCCUCAAAGCGAGAAUUCACUCAUAGCACCUGAAGAGACUGAAGUCUUAGAGGAUGAUCCUUUUGAUUUCACAGAGAGCGAGACGACACCGGACGUGGUCCCCUCUGAUAUUGCGUCAUGGGUGACCAAGGACGAGGAGGUGGUGGAGAACGCCAAUGAAGGUGACCCAUCAAGAGGGGUCGCUAAACCUGGGGAAUUUGUCGUAGUAAAGUGUGCAGGCAUCGCAGACGCUGAAGCAAGCAAUGAAGCUGCAGCUGCUGAGGCUAAUUUUGCACCAGAAGCCAGUGCCACCACUGAAACAGCUGCAAACCCACAGCCCUCAGCUCCAGAAUCAAAACCACAGUCCCAGCCCUGUCCCUGCCCCGAGAAGCCAAGAGAAGCCCCUACAGUGGCACCGCCUGUGGCCAGACCUCUGGACUGCAUCAAGGAGAUCCGUGACCUGGUGGUGGAAGUUAUCGAAGUGGAGGAAUUCAUCCAGCGGUACCCUGACGAUGGAGAGGUGUGACUAAGCCAGAGUGACAGCCAGAGAAGUCAGACUUUAAAUAGUUAAGAGGAAACACACUGUAAGGAAGAGGACGUAUUGUUUAUGAAUAAAUGGAGACUCGAAGGCAGUUGAUGACGUGUUACGCCGUCUGCUAACGUUAUCAUUUCUUACUAAAAGACUGGGACAGUUACAUCCUCAGUCCUCCAGGUGUUAAAUGAGAAGGGAACGCUACACUUUUUCCUGGUUUUAAG